AAUGUCCUUGUCGAUUGGGAGGAAGCAGAGGAGAGGGCUCUUCUAUGGAAGCUGGAUUUUCGAGUCCUGUUCCCGUGUUGCAUCUUAACUAUGUCCAACUUCCUCCUCAGAGCCAAUAUGGGAUACGUCAACGUCCUCCGGGCUGGGACGAAAGACACACUGUCUAAAGAGCUCGGGCUUCACGGCAUCGUUUUCAACUGGGCCAUUUCGAUCACAUACUUCGCCACAACGAUCCUACUCCUUCCCUCGAAUCUUCUCAUGAAAAAAAUGUCCGGGAAACACUUCCUCCCAAUGAUCAUGGCAGGCUUUGGUGCACUCUCGGCGUGUAUAGCAGCCAGCCAAAAUGCCAGUGGACUGUUGGCAUCGCGCUUCUUUCUUGGUGUUCCAGAAGCUGGCGUUGUGCCUGCUGUCGUCAUGUACUUCAGCUUUUGGUACAAGCCAUCUGAACGCGCGCUGAGACUUGGCCUCUUCCAUGCUGCCAACUCGAUUGCCAUCGGCACUGGAGGCUUCAUCGCCAAUGGCAUCGACAACUUGAAUGGACGACUGGGGCUUUCCUCGUGGAGAUGGGUCUUCAUCAUUGAGGGAUGUGUUACCAUCGCCUUGGCUGUUCCAGUCUACUUCCUGCUCCUGACUUUCCCGGAGAACAGCACUGCGCUCAACGAUCGAGAGCGUCACAUAGCAAUCAACCGUUUC